UUUUUUUUUAUUGCAUAUCAUUGACAGCUGCUAUGAGCUAUCAUUUGUUACUUUAAUACUAAUAUUUUAACAUAAUAUCAGUAUUGUGUACAUACCUAAUAUUUUCAAUGCUAUCAUUUUGUUUAAAGAUCAAAGAUCAAGUACUAUAAAAGAUGACUGCAUAGUAUUGAAAUUUAGUCUGUAAUUGAUAAUUACAAGAUGCAUUCUAUUAAGCAUAUUACUCCAAUUUUCAUCCUUAUAUUUUUAUUUUUUUCAUAUAUAUUAGCGGAUGACAGUAAGAGCAUUCCUUUGGUAGUUUUAUCUUGGAAUAGUAAAGAAGCUGCAGAAAAAGCAUGGAAUGUUAUAAAUAAUGAAGAAAAAAGUGCUAUAGAUGCUGUUGAAGCUGGCUGUUCUUUAUGUGAACAAAUGCAAUGUCGUAAAACUGUAGGAUUUGGUGGUAGUCCCGAUGAGUCAGGAGAAACAACAUUGGAUGCUAUGAUUAUGGAUGGGGUCAAAAUGGAUGUGGGUGCGGUUGGAGGAUUAAGACAUGUUAAAAGUGCUAUAUCUGUUGCUCGUAAAGUAUUAGAGCAUACAGAACAUUCAUUUCUUGGUGGAGAUCUUGCUACAAAUUUUGCUAUAAAAAUGGGAUUUAAAUUAGAAUCUUUACAAACUGCAGAAUCUCGAGAUAUGUGGAAGAAAUGGAAAGACAAUCAAUGUCAGCCGAAUUUUUGGAAGAAUGUUGAACCAAAUCCAAAAACUACUUGUGGUCCUUAUAAACCAAUUGAUAUUAUGAACACAUUUAUGGAACCAAAAAAUUAUGAAGAAAUAUCGUAUUCAAAUGAAGAAAAUCAUGAUACGAUAGGAGUCAUAGCAAUAGAUAAAAAUGGACAUAUAGCUGCUGGAACUUCCACCAAUGGUGCAAAUCAUAAGAUUGCUGGUCGCAUUGGAGACUCUCCCAUACCAGGUGCAGGUGCAUAUGCUGAUCAACAAGUUGGUGCAGCUCAUGGUACCGGUGAUGGAGAUAUUAUGAUGCGGUUCUCACCCAGUUUUCUCGCAGUAGAAGAAAUGCGCCGUGGUGCUACACCAACAGAAGCAGCUCAAACAGCUAUAAGUAGAAUAGCAGAACAUUAUCCUAAUUUUACUGGUGCAAUUACUGCAUUAAAUAAGGAUGGACAAUUUGGAGCAGCAUGUAAUGGCAUACCUUCUUUUCCAUUUUAUGUUAGCAAUCCUGAAUUUGGAGAACCUAAAUUAUUAACUGUACCUUGCAUAAAAAAAACAUAUUACGUUAAUAUGUCAUAUAUUUAUGUAUAUAUGAUAUUAAUAUAUGAAACUUGAAAUUUUAGGUUAGAAACAAAUAUAUUAAAAAUGCCAGAAACCAUGGAGGAAGAUAUGAGUAUGUCAGUUCGUUUAACGAAUGAUGAUUUUCGAAAAUUAUUGAUGACACCAAGAGCAGCUGCUCCUUCAGCUACACCAGCAUCAGUUCCAGGCACAGCUCGAGAUGCUAGUGCUAAGACAGCACAAACACCUAUUGUUACUGGAGGUAGUAGAGCAGAGUUACGUAGAAAGAAAAAGAGCUUUUAUGCUAAACUUAAGAAACAAGAGGAAGAUAAAAUGGCAGAGUUGGCUGAAAAAUAUCGAGACAGAGCGAGAGAACGUAGAGAUGGAACAAAUCAAGAUUAUCAAGCGGAAGAUCCUAUGAAUAGUGCUAGCGCAUAUCGUGCUGUAGCACCUGAUUUAAAAUCAGGCAUGGAUGCAGCAGAACGUAGAAGACAAAUGAUUCAACAAUCUAAAUUCUUGGGAGGUGAUAUGGAACAUACUCAUUUAGUAAAAGGAUUAGAUUAUGCCCUUUUACAAAAAGUACGUAGUGAGAUAGAAGCUAAAGAACACGAACAAGAACAAGAAAUGGAAAAGUUAGUAAAACCAAAAGAAAAGAUAAAAGAGAAGAAAGAACCAGAGAAAAAGGAAGACGAAAUGCAAUUUAAAACUAAAAUUGGUCGUAAUAUUUAUAAGACUAUUUUGACUAUGAAGUCAAAACAAAUAGAAAGGAAUGAACUUUUUACACCAGGACGAAUGGCAUAUGUUAUAGAAUUGGAUGAUGAAAAUGCUGAUGUAGAUAUUCCGACGACGUUAAUUAGAAGUAAAGCAGAUGUUCCUACUGUGGAGAAUACACCAACAUUAACGACCAAUGAUAUAGUGAUAAAUAAAUUGGCACAAAUUUUAUCAUACCUAAGACAAGGUAAUCGACAUGGAAAAAAAGGUAAGAAAAAUAAGGAUGGUCGUUCGAGAGCUGAUGAUACAAAUGACAUGGAUCUUCCUCCAAGACCACAGGAUGAAAGUAUUUAUGGGGAUAUUGGUGAUUAUGUUCCCACUAUUGGAAGAAAAGAGAGCAUACAGCAUCGUGAUAAAAAGAAAGGUUCAUACUUUGAUAAGCCAGAGAAUAAUAUAGAUACAGAUGAUAAAGCAAAUACUCCACAAUUACCAAGUACUUUGCCACAAAUUAUUGAAACUAAUGUACCUAAGAAGGGAGCACUGCUUAAUAAAUUGGCUGCUGAGCCUGAAGGUUAUGCUGAGUGUUAUCCAGGUUUGGACGAAAUGCAGGAUGCUAUAGAUGACUCAGACGAUGAAGUGGAUUAUACAAAAAUGGAUUUGGGCAAUAAAAAAGGUCCUAUUGGUAGAUGGGAUUUUGAUACACCAGAAGAAUAUAGCGAAUAUAUGAAUAAUAAAGAAGCACUGCCAAAAGCAGCUUUUCAAUAUGGAGUCAAAAUGGCUGAUGGCAGAAGAACUAGGAAAUAUAAUAAAGAAAAGAAUGAAAAAGCAGAAUUGGAUCGUGAAUGGCAGAAAAUUCAAAAUAUUAUGAAUAAAAGAAAACCAGCAACUAAUUUAGAAGGAGGCUCGGAAUUUAAAGUACCGAGAUAUUAAAUAUUCGUUAAUUAUUAUAAACUUUUUCGUGCAAAUAUACAAUAGUAUAGAUAAUAUUUUUAUUGAAUAUAUUUAUCAUCUAAAAUUAAACAGAAAUGAAAAAUAAAGACAAAAUCGAUAAAAAUAACAAACAAAAUCUUUGCGAGGCCGGUGUUCAAGUGACAGACUCUAAAACCCGCAUUAAUACGGAGCCGGUGCUCAAUGCGUUAAAAUCAUAUAAUUAAAAAAACAUAGAUUAUCAUUAACAUUAUUACAUUAUAUUAAAUUAAAAAUGUUCACCU